AUGCGAAAGAGCGCGACGAGGAAACAAUGGAUGCUGCUGAUUGGUGUCGUCGUGGUGGUGAUUGUGUCCUUGACCACGAUAUACCAGAUGCCAUCUGGCUACAGGUCUGACGCCAAUCUAAAAAAGACACAGCGAAUGCUAAAGGAGUACGAUUGGAAGAAGUACGUCGACACGUACAAGGACGACGACAAGGUCAAGGGCGACGGCAUCCAUCCCAACAAGAAGGAGCACAGGAAGCCCGCCUCAAAGCCCGUGCAGAGACAACGCGCGGAUCUCAACAAGAAGCACCAGGUGUCGAGCGAUAGCGCAUCAGGAAUGGCAAACAGCACAGUCAAGCUGCUGUCGACCAAUGCGUUGGAGUGCAAGCAUGGUGGCAUCACCCUGGACGGCGCAUGCGUCUGCUCAUACCCAUUCGCCGGCCCGCUGUGCGAAACGGUGCAGGACCAGGAUGGAUGUCUGGUGCCUGGCAAGUUCAGCUCAAAGAAUGGAUUUAUGUAUGAUGUCGAGCCCGAUGCUGUCCCGCCCAAGUGCGCGAUGCCGCAUCCCGUGCAUUGCUGCUGGGCCAAACAUAGACGAACCAAUGGCACCAUCUUUGGCAACGGCAACGAGGACACGCACCAGGCCGUCAGCAGGAUGCUCAAUCAGUAUGGCCCGUGGGAUGAGAACGACAAGCUGAUGAUGGACUACUACUUUGCAUAUGGUGAGGACUCUAGACUGCGAAAUAGGUACUCGCCCAUCACCUACACGCUCAAGACCGAGCGACCCAACCUUGGUUUCUUCCUGAUGUUCCAUCAUGUCGACCUGCAAGCGAUCGACACGAUAAUGACCAACAUCUAUCGUGCCAAACAUUAUUACGCGAUACAUGUCGAUAGGCAUGUCAACGAUGAGUCUCUGGAUCAGCUGAAGGGAUUGAUCAGGGAGAAGUACAACGACAACAACAACGUGGUCAUAUUGGAGAAGCGAUUCCUCGGAACUUGGGGCGCCAUAUCCCUGGUCUACGCCGAGUUGGCCGGCUACGCCACGCUGGUGGACAUGAUAAAGAAACGAGAGAAAGACACUGGCAAGAAGGAUCAGUCAUGGAGUCACGUCAUCAAUCUCAGUCUCAAUGAUUUCCCCACCAAGCCUAUCAUCGACCUGGAACGAUUCCUUGGCUUCAACACAGAACGCAACUUCAUCGAUCAAGAUAUACCAAAGAGGGAGGAUCGUAUAACGAGCAACUGGGUCGAGUGUGGACGACAGAUGUUCACGUUGUCGUAUGAUACACAAGAUAUAUGUGGAAACAAUGAGAACCUGUACAAGUCAAUCGAUCGAACCAAGUACACUGAUGGUUCACAGUGGCACUUUAUCAAUCUACAUCUCGCCACUCAUCUUAUUUCCAAUAUGAAGUCAAUUGAACGAUUGUUCUCGAUGAAGUACACCCUUGUGCCAGAUGAGACCUACUUCCAGCUGGCAUACUCAGAGUCCAACCUGGAAGAUCCAUGGGAUUCCUAUAACUACAGGUACAUUCCAUGGGCAAACCCAAGACUGGAGGUGGGCAUCAAGGACUUGGACUUCCCCUAUGUUACAUACUUUGCAAGGAAGGUGUACACUCAAGAGACAAGAGAUGCCAUCACAGAGAGAUAUAUCAACUUCAAGAAGACUUUGAAAUGA